AUGCCACCCAGAGUAGACAGCAUAGCUCUACUCAAACACACCAUGCAAAUGAUCAGAGAGGUUCACACUGACUGGAAUGAAGACCAAAUCUUGGAGUGUGCCUUCUCCAUGAUGAAUCUCCAACCAAGUACCAGCCAAGUUGAAAAGAUCCCUAAGUCAGUACUCAGCAUUGUAUCACAGACCAUCAAGCUCAACGAGAACAACUGGGCCAUCUGGGAGCCCAUGUUUAUGGACUGCAUAUGGCCCAUCAAGAACGCAAAACAAAUCCUCACCAGGGAAAUAUCUAGCAACCACACAGACUAUGAUGAAGAACUAAACAGUCACCUGUUAGGCCUCAUCUUGUUGUCAUGCAACCACAGUCCUGAGAGCAGUAUUCAUACAUACACCAUUCGAGAACAAGGCGAAGAGGAACAACUUGGCUCCACACUGUAUAAGAAACUCAAAGCAGUGCUCACAAUCAAUGAUGAAGUCAAACUUUCUGCAAUUCAUGACCAAGUGCAUGAGAUCAAGCUAGUACACUGA